GGAGCCGGCGGCCAGAAGGAGACAGCCCCGGCCAGCGCUCCCUGGAAAGGGGGAAGGAAGAAAAGAAAGGAAAACCAACCCCGCUGUUGUGGGGGAUGGAGCCGGGUCCUGUCCUUCUCCUCCUCGGCUCGCUGUGGGGCUGCAGCGGUCGCCCCGCUGACAGGCUGGUGGUGACACCGCAGCAGCCGCUGGUGCCCUUUGGGGGCUCGACAGACCUGAACUGCUCCUUGGCCUGUGCAGGGGGCAAGGUGGACUGGAGGGGGCUGGACACCGCCCUGGGGACCAUCUCCUCCUUCUCCACCCACAGCAUCCUGCACAUCAGGCACGCCACCGUGGCCACGGAGGGCACCAAGAUCUGCCAGGGCAGCUGCCACGGGCAGCACUACCAGGCGACCGUCGCGCUGAAGGUCUACGCCCUCCCAGACACGCUGAGGCUGGAGGCAGCUCCCCACGUCCUGCGCCCGGGACACGCCGCCAACCUGACCUGCUCGGCCGUGCGCCUGUACCCUCCCACCGGGCUGGGCCUGGCCUGGUACCGGGGGCAGCAGCUGCUGCAGAAACCAAACGUGGACUGCGAGGAGGAGGCUGAGGAGGAGCUGUGCAGUAUCGUUUCCACCCUGUCAGUGACAGGGACAGAGGUGGCAGAAGGGGUGGAGUUCAGGUGCGAGGUGACGCUGCAGGUCGGGCAGGAGACCUUCACCAGAGUGGCAUCUCUGGUGGCAAGUGCUGAGGCUGUGGUGGAGCAGCCAGCAUCCGUGGCCACCUCCACGGGGAGCCCCAGCACAGCCAGGCCCGUGGCCACCACAGCACUCCCUCCAGGGAGUGUCCCUACAGGUGAUGCCACCACAGCACGGGAGCCCAGCGCUGGGAGCACUCUGGCUGCUGUCACCAAGCCCCCUUCCAUGGAGCCCUCUGUGCCCCAGGACCUCAUGGCAGGCAGCCCCAUGGCCACCAGCACCCUCCCUGGCUCUGGCACAGCGGUGCCAGGGCCAUCUGUGGGGACAAUGCCCGCCUGCAGCCUGCAGAUCUGGUCGCUGCCUCCCACCGGGACGCGGGGCAGGGCCCUGCGCAUCGAGUGCCAGGCCCGGUGCACCGGGAACGCCACGGUGGGCUGGCUCCGGACCCCCGCAGCCCUCUCGCAGUACCGGGAGGAGUCUGAGGGCAGCAGCUCCGCGCUGCGGCUGGACCGCGCCGAGCCCUGGCACCAGGGCCACUACCAGUGCGUCCUGCUCGGCCAGCAGGCCCAGAUGGCCAGCCUGGAGGUGAUGGUGCUGGAUGAUUCCUCCAGCUCCAGCUCCAUUGCGAUGGGGACAGCGGGAUCGCUGCUGGGGCUCAUCGUGACCGCUGCCGUGUCUCGCCGUCUGUGGAAACGAUUCAGAUCGCGGUAGCAGCUGCCCUGGGAGCGGGAGCCGCCGGCUGGCGGCCCGGCCCUCCAGCCGUGUCCCCGCUGUCCCCGGCUGCCGCUGGCCUCGCCCGGGCCCUGGCCAGCAGGAGGGCCGGCAGGGCGAGCAGCUGCAUCAGGAGGCAAAGCUGCAAGGGCAAUGAGCACAGGCAGCACAGGGACUGGAUCCCCGCGGGCUGGCACCGAACAGCGGGCUGGGCCCGGUGCUCGGGCACCGGCGGACGGGCGGGAGCACGAAGGCCGCUCGUCCGUCACAACAGACGGUCCGAGGCAGCCCCGGGCUGAGCGUGGGCUCGGCGGGCGGGUGGCACGGCUGCUCCAAUAAAGAGCUGUUUCCGUUCGA